AAUACUAGGCAGACACCUUGCACGCCAUGCCUGUGCCUUUGGAUGAACUUCGAGUAAAAGAAGAAGUUAAUGGAGUAGUCAGGAGUAUUCAAGCACUGGAUCCAAGUCGUGUUGAGGAUAUACAGUUUUUGUCAUAUGUCCCUCCACCAGCUGAUGCUGCACAAUUGGAGGAAUGGGGUGACAGAAUUCGCUUCAUUGCUAUGGAUCUCCAUAGGCUUCUACGGUUGAGUCAUGAUAAGUUCUGGUGUCAGGCUAUAUUUGAUGAAAGCUUACAUAGUCUGAUUGACACCUACUUGAAAAACGCACCAAGAUCCAGUGAGGCAGUGUAUGGGUUACCCGAAGAUUUCCAAGACCAGCAUGAUGAAGUCCACCGAAUGAUCUUCAUGACCUGUCUACGUCUUGCUACACACAAAGAAGAUAAGGACAGUUUCAUAACACCAGCAGUUUUCGGAGAGAUUAUAUACGAGAACUUCAUCUUUGACAUUCCGAAGUUGUUUGACAUAUGCGUCCUUUUUGGACCAAGCAACGAAGCACUGCUCAGUAAAAUGAUUAAUAACAUCUUUACUCAGCAACCAAAGUACUACGAAGAUCUGUCAUGUGCGAUUCCAACUAUUUACCAGGCAUUUGAAGAUAUGAAGAAGAAAUGUGGGAUGCCAUGUUCAUCAGACAAAAGCAAUUCGCCUCAGAAGUUACAUGAUGGAAAAGAAGAUCAAACUAUGGAAACAUUGAGUGUCCUGGAUUUACAAGAUUUAAUUUUGUAUAUAGCAGACAUUGGUGUGACACUUUCAAGCUUUGUGGAAUGCCAUCCUGCAGCAUCCCAGAUUCUACAUCAAACUAAUUUCAUUCAACAUCUGUCAGAGUUGUAUGAUAUAGUACCUGCUUUGCUCUCUGAAGUGAAAAAAAGAGAUUUAGAGGACUACAGAUUGAAACAAUAUUUAAGGCAAAAAGUUGCACAAGCUAAAAAAUCCUUGAUGAAAACAGUUCACUUGAUUAUUUACAACUGCUAUUUGGAGCCUAUACUGGAAAACAGAAAUUGUCCCGAUGAUCAUGUAGAUGGAUUCAUUGAGACUUUGUCAGCAGUGCUAAAUGAACGUCGGUUCCUGGCAGACUUCGAGAGUUGUUAUCCUUUUCAAAAUUAUAUGGAUAUCUUAACUCAGUCUUCUUUUGACAUUGAUCAAACAAGAAUCCAUUACAUUCAGGAUGCAUUUAGUUCCGCCUUUGCCACUUUUGGAAAGAGAAGAGAACCUACUGGUGCCACCACCAGAGGAGGCAGAACUUCUCCAGAUGGAUCUCCAGGACCGAUAGAAGACAACUUGCAGGGAACUAGCAAUACACCUAUCUACUCAUCGACAGAUAAAAAUAAUGAAGACAACUUGAUGGGAGCUUGUGCACCAGUGAAAACAGGUGUGGAGUUAGACUCUAUGAUUGCAGCAGUAAAAGACUUGUUACCUGAUUUAGGAGAUGGCUUUAUUGAGUUGUGCCUGGAGGAAGCAGAGUAUGAUGUUGAAAAAGUAAUCAACUUUGUUUUGGAAGAUAAAUUACCAUUAUCUCUACAAAACAUGGACAGAAAUCUGCCGAGAGAAGUACGACCACAGCCUGAGGAGUCUGCUAUUUCACACAGAGCCAGUGUCUUUGAUCAUGAUGAAUUUGAUGUGUUCAGCAAAGACAAAGUUGACAUGUCAUUGGUUUACAAAGGGAAAAGGGAAAAGACUGAUAAUGUGGACUUAAACGCAAAAGACUUGGUAGAUGUUAAGUCUAUGCUCUCAAAAAAGUAUGGAUAUGAAAAGGUUUAUGUUGAGGACAGUGGAGACGGUGAUGAAUUGUAUGAUGAUGAAUAUGAUGAUACUUACGACACAAUCAACGUUGGUGCAGAUGACGCUGAUUCUGCUGAUGAACUUUCACAGAUAAGACCCUUUACCGUGCCCAGAGUUUUAAAGCAACGGCCAGAGGUUGAGGAUAAUGAGAGUGAGGAGAGUUCUGAGGAAUCUGACAAAGAAGCAAUGAGGGAUAACUUUGUACCAAACCCAGCUUUGAUUCGCCAAAGAGCAGAGGAGCGUGCCCAGUGGAAACAUCAAAGAGCACAGGGACAAAAGUCACAGAGUGGUGGUCAACCUCAAAAUGCUAAGCAAGAUAAAAAGUAUGACGUGAAAGGUGGAGCGAAAGGGAAAGGCCAGACAGGAGAGGUUUUGAAAAACAGAGCGUGGAAAGAAAAACACAAAUCCAGUCGGGCUAACCAUAAUCGAAAAUACUUUUCUGACAAGAAAAGAAUGGCUUAAUGGACAUAAAUUAUCUUUAAUGAAAACAAUGUUUAAAGGCAUUUGAGCUAUUGUGUAUGUGUAACAGAAGAUGUGUAAAUCAAAAAGAUCUAUUGAAAAACGACGGCUAUUAAGCAGAAUAUAAGAAUAUAUUGAAUACAAAUUAAUUGUACAUUAAAUUAGGUAAUGAUAAAUGCAGGACAGUUAUAAAACAGUAUGCUUUUUACCCGAGUACCAGUAGUUACUUGAUAGUGAUCAAUGAGUACAAAUUGCUGCCUUACUCUACCCUACCACCCAUAACUCAAAUUUCCAUAUUCGAUAUCCCUAUUAACGAAUUUUUUUUUUUUUUAGUUGUAUAGACACAAUCUGCAUUCAAUCUGUUCCAAUGUACAUUCAGGUAAAGUCUUCAUUCAAUCUGUAUUCAGGUAUUGGUGCAUACAUCAAAUUUUCUUGUGAAUACUUAUACCUAUACACAAUAAAUGCUUUUAAAGUAA